GAAGUGUUAUUUUUUAUCGACGCUAGCGGAAGUUUUAUGUCCGGAAGACUUUGUAAACAAACGGCAUUUGAAUUCAAAAUAAGGAAAAGGAGCAUGUUAAACGUCCGUAAUGAGAUAACAGCAAAGACAGCGAAAUAUCUCAGCGGUAGAACAUGGAGGACGAACAGCGCGGAGAGAACACGGACUGGAUGUCCUGUCUGCCGGAGGAGCUGCUGGAUGUCCCGCUGUGGAACCUGGCCAUACCCGGGAGCCACGACAGCAUGUCUUUCUGUCUGGAUGUCUCCUCUCCUGUGCUGAGAUCACAGCCCUACCUCCUCAGAGUGAUUGACAGGCUGCUUCCCUGCUGUACUCGCCCCUGUAUUUACCGCUGGGCCACCACACAGCAAUCAGUCCUCAGUGAUCAAUGUGAUCUCGGUAUUCGUUUCUUGGACCUGCGGAUCGCCAGGAAGUCAGCUGGAGGCAGACAGUUAUUUUUUGCCCACGGCAUCUACACACUGAUCACUGUCAAGGAGGCUCUGGAUGAACUGGCUACCUGGCUGGACGCUCAUCCUAAAGAGAUUGUAAUGAUUUCCUGCUCACAUUUUGAAUCUCUGACUGACAAAGAUCACACCUGCCUUGUGGAGUACAUCAACAUGCUAUUCAGAGAAAAACUCUGCUCCCCACAGGAGCAGGAGACUCCCACUCUGCGUUCCUGUUGGUCUAGAGGUCAGCAGGUCAUUGUUUCCUAUGGAAACCAGCAAGUGGUGCUGCAGCACCCAGAGCUGUGGACUGGAAUACCUUACUGGUACGCUGACAGCCCAGACCCAAAGAAGGUGAUCGCAUACCUGGAGGAGCAGAGGCGCAGAGGAAGACCAGCUGAUUUUUACGUCAGCGGCCUGAACCUGACGGAAGACGCUCCGUACAUCCUCCUCCAUCCCUUCCAGAACAUGAGGAAGAUGACGACGAAGGCUCUCUCACUGCUGCUCGGGUGGGUGAGCGAGCAGAGACCGGGGCCUGAGGACGACGGAGUCAACAUCGUCUGCUGCGACUUUGUGGGCGUCAGUCAGUUCUGCUCGCUUGUGAUCGGCCUGAACUACAAACUGCUGCGCGGACCCAGCACGCUCUCUGCCCGUCCUGUCUGCAGGACACCGGGAGAUGCCACUGGAAGUUGCCACAGCAACCAAACUGGUGAGGGCGGUGUGUGAGAUCAAACACACAAAAACACCUUUAACUGUUUUCUGCAUUUAAAAAAAAGUCACUCAAUAACUGUCCCUUUAAACUGUGAACGUGUUGUCAGAGACAGCACACUGCACACCAACAGAUGCAUCUGAUAAUGUGAAAUAUUUUGUAUUCACAUAUCCUUGUGCACUUUGGUAUUGUACAUAGGUUUUUGUUUCAUUUUACUGGAUGUUAAUGAAGAUUUUGUCAUUUGAAAUACAUUAUGUAAAUAAAUAAUUUUCAUACA